AUGAAGUUAUCCGCUGCCAUCACUACUAUAGUGCUUGCCACUUUCACUCUGGCUGCUCCCCAGACGGAGAUGCGCCAGGCGCGUCAUAAUGCGCGUUCUGACGGGAAGCAAAUCGGCCGCAAGACUAGCCGGCCUCAGAACAGGCAUAAUAAUGCGUUGGAAGAAUACAGCUCCAACUGGGCCGGAGCUAUUCUUAUCGGCAACGGCUACACUGGCGUUAGUGCGGAAUUCACAGUUCCCAAGCCUCAGGCUCCUUCCGGUGCCAGUAGCAACACCCAGUAUUGCGCCUCCGCAUGGGUGGGUAUCGACGGCGAUACUUGUACCUCGGCUAUCUUGCAAACUGGAGUCGACUUCUGUAUUCAGAAUGGAGUUGUUUCGUACGACGCCUGGUAUGAAUGGUACCCUGACUAUGCGUACGAUUUCACUGGCAUCACUAUUUCCGCCGGGGAUUUGAUCAAGGUGUCUGUGGAUGCCACGUCCACUAUCACAGGUACUGCGAUCCUCGAGAACUUGUCCACUGGACAAUCUGAGAAGCAUACCUUUACUAGCGGUGUCCAGGGCGACCUAUGCGAGUAUAAUGCGGAGUGGAUUGUUGAAGAUUUCGAGGAAAAUAACGGAUUGGUUCCGUUCGCUAACUUUAGCACCGUGACCUUCUCCAACGCUCAGGCUACUGAUGGCGGCUCCGUGGUUGGCCCUUCUGGUGCUACUCUCAUAGAUAUCGAGCAAAACGGAGUGGUUUUGACCCAGUCAUCCAACACCAACGACAGCGUGACUAUCGAUUAUAGUUGA